AUGAUGAGUUCGAAUGCCUCGACGGCUGGUAAACGUUUACAGCACGUCCUCAAUGUCGUUGCAACCGAGAAGCAUGUUCUUGACCUACCUGACGGUCCGCGUGUAACUGUUCGAGGGCCCGAUGCGAAUGAAUCGGUGUCAAGGAUUUUCGUAGAUACGCAACUGGUGCUUGCGUUUCGUGCACUUCCUCGUGAAGCUGCGCUCGUACUUUCCGCUCUUGGAACACCUUAUGAGAAGAAUAACCCUGUACCGCAUUACUCCGUGCUGGAACUUGAAAUUAUCAGCGAAGAUAAGCAGAAUGUUAAUGCUGAUCUUUGGGCUUCGAUCUAUGCACUUUGGACGUUGCUACAUGCCCAAGAGGUCAUACCGAUUACCUUCAAAAAUGCGUCUACAUCGAAAAAUUCUAUCGAGUACCUUAUACAGUCUGGCCUUGCGAGACGAGCAUUAGAUCCAUCAGUCCCCGAGCUCUUUUUGAGCCGUGUUACGUUCUGGCAAGGAGCAGGGACGGGACCAGCAUGGAACAAUCCACAUGGCUGGUUACGCUACUCACUCGACUACGUACCCUUCCCACAUACUCAAAGCUUCACGCGUUCACCAACCGUCAUCACCCAACACCCUCUCCGCCCUCCAAAGCCUCCCGCAGGAGCGUCCGUCUAUUCACGAUUCUGCAAACCAAUUGGGAAGACGCUGAAGUUCCAUAUGAUUAAUUUGGAAGAUGAGGGUGAUAUGGAUGCGUUUCAUAAGUGGAUGAAUGACCCGAGGGUGAAUGCUGGGUGGGGAGAGGCCGGGGAUGAGGAGAAGCAUAGGAGGUAUGUGAAGGGUGUGUGUGAGGAUCCGGGUGUGCUUCCGCUUGUUAUGAGUUGGGAUGAUGAGAAGAUGGGGUAUGCUGAGCUUGUUUGGAUAAAGGAAAACCACGUCGCGACGUAUGUUCCGGGUAUUGGAGCGCAAGACUACGAUCGAGGACUACACGUCCUCGUCGGUGAGAAUAAAUACCGCGGACAAGAAUUCUCACAAGCAUGGUUCCGAUCCAUAAUACACUACCUAUUCCUCGCUGACCCACGCACGACGCGCAUCAUCGGUGAACCUAAACGUAUCAAUGGUCCCAUUAUCAAAACUUCCAUCGAUGCGGGUAUGCAUCUUGAAACACAAUCAUUCUAUCUCCCGUACAAGCACUCGGUGAUGACGAUGCAUCUCCGUGAACGGCUUUUCAAGGAGGACAUGUUCCUAUGA